GAUCGUCAGCAUGUGCCGUUCAGAUCCUACCUUAUACUCACUUUGGACACCACUCUCUCGAGUGACCUCACCUUGUCCAACGACCGAUCUGCAACCAUCGCCGCCUUGAAGGGAAACAAUCUCAUGACUUGAAAGCUCACAACCCCACCAUAGUCUGUCUGACUGCCCACAAUGGCGGAACUCCACGAGGCACUCGAGUGGCUGUCACCCACCGAUUGGAGUGAUGUGCCCACCGACAACCUAGAGCCAUAUCUUAAGGACGCGUUCGCCGCGGGCGAACUCAUAUGCAACUCUGUACCGCCGUUACCCAAUGGCACACCAUUCAACGAGUCCAAACCACACCAUGACACGCCCAAUACCGCCACAAGUCACAAGGACAUGCAUCCUUCGACUGUGCUUUCUCCGCCACCGCUAGAGGAACAUGAGAAUCUUCAAAAAGGAUGGGGGAAGCCGUACAAGAUGAAGGACAACGCAUUAGGAGUCCAGAUCUACAAGAUGGCAGCAAAGGAUCGGCACGGAGCAUGGUUUGCGAGAAAGAGCGUGCACGAGGGCUUGGGUUUUGACAAGAUGAAGCGGGCCAUGAUGCGAGAGUUUCCACACUCAAUGAGUAUCAAAGGCGGGCCGGGAGCUGGUGCGGUUCGUGGUAUCGCAGCAGACACACGACUCGAGAGGAGCGAUCUCCCAGGAGUAGGCAAGCUCGAGGUAUAUCAGUUAAGCGCACAGUUCCCGGGACCCACGACACCAAGAGAGUUCAUCACGCUACUUCUGAGCAGCGAUGAGGCAUUGUCAGAGAAGAGCGCGGCGAAACUUGCAGACGGCAAGACGCAUGCACCUAGACAUUUCAUGUUGGUGUCGAAACCAGUCGAGCACCCGAAUUCUGGUUCAAGAUCAGGCUUCGUUCGAGGUAAGUACGAGUCUGUGGAGCUCAUACGCGAAAUUCCGCUUUCUACCGCCAAACCCAAAUCUACUCCACAUCUCCGUGGGUCGGACGAGAAGAAUGAUCCAACGGAGGGUUCAGAGGAGCCCGAACUGAACCCUGUGGAGUGGAUCAUGAUCACUCGAAGCGACCCUGGUGGAGGGCUUCCUCGUUUCUUGAUUGAGAGGGGAACCCCAGACAGUAUGCUUGGAGAUGUACACAAGUUCUUCGAUUGGGCGUGCAGCCAGGGAGAGAUUCCCCAUCCAGAUGAGGAUCUCGCGAACGUCGAGGAGAAUGCCGGGAAGCAGGACGAAGUCGAGCAGCCAUCUGAGAGCCUGCCGAAUGGUACUAUGCACAGUGAGCCUGUUCCUGCAACCGCCGGUGGUGCUAACGCGGACACUUCUACGGAGCCCACUGCGUUAAGUGGUAUCUUGUCCAACAUCAGCAAAGCGAUAGAGACCUACGCACCUGCAUCAGUCGCCAACAUGAUUGUACAGCCAUCUGGGACUGGACAGUACGACUCGGACACUGACUCGGACUCAUCUACGGCAUCCUCCGCGGACUCUUUCAUAUCAGCAGAUGAAACAAAACGAGCAUCAGCUGCUCCGGGAAUCACACAUGUAGACUCCAUGGACGCGCUCAGUAUAAAAAGUGGGGAGUCUGAGACAAGUAAGAACAUGAGCCGGCACGAGAAGGAGGUGCAGAAACUCGUCCAAAAGCGAGAGAAGCUGGACCAGCAGCUGGCUAAGAAGCGGCUUGCUGAAGAAGCGAAACUCCGCCAAGCGAAGGAGAAGGACGAGGAGGAGGCGUCAAAGCAAAAGGACAAGAUCGAGCGCGAGCUGGUGAAGACGGAGGAAAAGCACAAGAAAGAAGUUGAGAAGUUGGAGGCGAAACAAGCGAAGGAGGCGAAGAAGGCUGAGGACAAGCGCAAGAAGAAGGACGAUCAGACAAAGCUGUCGAUGGUCACGAGAGAGCGAGAUGAGUUCCGAUCGCAGAGCGACUUGCUUCGGCAGGAGAACGCCGCUCUGCAAGCACAAAUCGCAGAGCUGCAGGCACAGAACAACACCAUGGCGCAAACGAUCAGCAACAAAGCGUUGAGCAAUCUUGAUUUGGGCAGGGCCAGGUCGGACAGCUUGAAGAGCACGAAUUCGAAGAAGAGCAAUUGA